AUGAUGGUCUCUGGAACUUUCAAGGCAGCGAUAAUCGCGGCAAUCAUUGGCACUUCGGCCGCAGUCGAUACUUGGGGCGGCUCCGUAUCCCUUGGCCCAACAACUUCAACCAUCAUCAAGGCCGCGACAACAAUUAUCCCUGGCACCGCACCUCCCACACAAAACGGAGUGCUGGCUCUAUGGCCAGGUAUGUCGAAUGGCACCGGUGAUCUCGUUCAAACGACCCUAGAAUCUUGGCCGGACAACUCUUGGUGUGGCGCCAAGAAGGGACAGUGGUGCGUCCGGGCCUCACUUUUCGGAUCCUUUGGGCAACUCAGCGGCGAUGCUUCUGCCGUAUCGGGCACCCAGAAAGUCAAGAUCGAAUAUGAACUCCUCUCGGAUAACGAUACCUGGCGCCAGACCGUCACCGAUGCCGACACCGGUGCAAAGCUCAGCUCGUUUGAGCACAAGUCUGGCCCGUUUAUGAGAGGCUACGGGUGUUAG